AUGGCAACACACACUGUUGACCGGGUCGCCCCAAAAAUAGUCGAAAAGGCCGACAAGUUACAGAAUAGACUCUCUAUCAAAGAUGACCCCUCAACACCUUCUGGUGGGUUCGAUGCGACUCCUAUUCCAAGUGCGCCUCCGGGCUACACGGUCAAGUUCACCUUCCACCGCGGUGAUAAUCUUCCCGUUGCAGACUUUGGCUGCUUUUCCUCAGACCCGUAUGUAUUUGGGCAACUUCAAGUCGAUCUGCCCCCGCGCCACAAGCAAGAUCCUCUUGUGAGCUUCCGCACUCCGACCGUUCACAAAAAUCUGAAUCCUAUUUGGAAUUGUGAAUGGGUUGUCGCGAAUGUACCGGCAUCGGGUUUUCAACUCAAGGCAUAUGUGUAUGACGAGGAUCCGGCGAAUCAUGAUGAUAAGCUGGGAAUCGCUUUCGUCAAUGUCCCUGCUUUGUCAGAGAACUGGGAAGGGAUCAAGGAACAAUCAUUCAAGGUCAAAAAGCGUUACGGUAGCAAACGUGUCUAUGUCUUUACUAAUGUUUCGGCAUUUACAACGGGUCAUCACAAGGAAUCCUUCUUGAUAAUGAGCAUCGAAUGCUUGGGGAAAACACCAGGAACCGACGGCGGCCAUAUGUACACCGUCGGCCCUCAGUAUUGGUUCAAACACCAUUCUCCUAUGAUCGGGAGACUGACAGGUACGAAAGAUUUGGUUUCAACUCAAGAUGGUAGUGGCAAAGAAAUCAGUCGUUACAACUUCCAAGCUAUUCAAAUGCAGCUCCAAGGGCCGGUGCCGCCAGAGCUCUAUCAUCGAUAUGUCGCUUUCAGGCCUCUCAUCGCAGGCAUCUUUCAAGCCCGAAGUCUGCAAGGGCGAAUUCUUCACAAGGCUCUCCACCACCAACACCAGAGGAUCUACAACUUUGAUCGCACUACCGAGAAUGGACUUUUCCCCGAACCUUGUCUAGAAUUUGUCCAGAAGUUCUUGGAGUUCGUCCACUAUGGACAAGGUGGUCGGAUCUUCACCUACGUUAUUACGUUGGAUGGUCAGCUUCGAUUCACGGAGACAGGAAAGGAAUUUGGUAUUGACAUGCUGAGCAAACAUACAAUGCACAGUGAUGUGUCGAUGUACAUUUGUUACUCGGGAGAAUUCUUUGUGCGCCGGCGCAAACACCGCCAUCACCAUGGCGCUCCAUCACGCGAGACAGAGCACGUGAUCAUGGUUGAAGAAGAAGAUCCAUGUGAAGAUACUGUGGAGCCUUCAAACGAGCCGAUAGACUACGAACUCUUCAUCGAUAAUGAUAGUGGGACCUAUCGUCCCAAUGGCAAAAAACUCCCGCUGCUGAAGGAGUUUCUAAUAUCCAACUUCCCCGGUCUUCAUAUCACAACCUUUGACUCUCAAAAUGAUGCUGAGAUUAUGGGGCAGUACAAGGAAGAGCAGCGUGAAUUUAAGAAAUCCCACGGUCAUCUAAUGACAUACCUCCAGCAGAGCAGUCUCUCGUCGCUCUCAAUUUCCAGCUCGGAUGAAGAUGAGCUGAACGAACGAAGUGGAGCGCCCAAGCACCGAAGUAAUAUUGCUCAACGGGCCCAUGAGAUGCAUGUGAAAGGACAAUUCAAGCGCUGGGUUGAGGCAGAUGGACAUGCUGAUCGCCAUAAGCAUCACUAUACCGGACGUGAGCGAGCUGCCUCUGACGGCGAGGCCAUCAGGGGCUCCAAACUACCCAUCAAUGAUGUAACAGCCUAA